GCUGGUUCAGACAAGGAUAGGCAGCGUCCUCGGCUGAACUCCACUUGCAAAGCUACAAAUAGGAGCUGUGGCGUUCAAACGGACCACGAACGAGCCAGGAAAGGUAGCAGCACGACAGAUGACAUUCUGUAACAUUUUACAUCGGAUGACACAUUUAACAUCUUAAAUCCUUAAAUCCACUGGAAGAAAAAACUGCCUUCACUUGGACGCAAACGCUUUUCGUUUUGACCUCUGAUUUUUUUCCCUGGACAAGACUCAUGAGAUCAUUUUAAAGGUGGUGCUGUUAUACAAACAAAGCUGAAGCUGACCUAAAUUAAAAAAGAAACUUGUGUGACUUGACAGUUUUCUUCAAGCAUGUUUGAAGAGGGAUCUCAAGAAAUGAGAGAGCAGAGUGCGGGAGUCCUGCCAGCUGUGGAGGCUGUGAGCACAGGAAUGUUAGGAUUAGACGUGGCAACCCAGAGCAGCACAAUGUCUUUCACAGAGGAGGCUGUCUCCAUCCUUACAUCGAGCAGUCUGUUGGCUCGCUCACUAUUAGGCCACACAUCAGCACUGAAACGCAAAGAGGUGACCCCGGGUGGAAGCACACUGAGGCGCAAGCGUGAGUUCAUCCCCCAGGAGAAGAAAGAUGAAGGGUAUUGGGACAAGCGCAAGAAGAACAAUGAAGCAGCAAAGCGCUCACGGGAGAAGCGGCGUGUCAAUGACAUGGUGCUAGAGAACCGUGUACUUGGGCUGCUUGAGGAGAAUGCCAGGCUCAGAGCAGAACUACUAGCACUCAAAUACCGCUAUGGCUUGGUCAAAGAACCCUCGAAUGCACCCAUCCUUCCACUAACCUCCACUGCCCCGUCUGUUCCUCAACCUGCCAACUCACAUUAUUACCUACUCCGCGAAGAUGGGCUUCACCCCAGUACUGCCAUGGUACCCCAUCCGAAUUCCACUCAGGCUGUAUUCCAUGUGGGACGAGGUAUCAGGGAGAAUAGUAGCAUGUCAGAGGACUCAGGCUUCUCAACUCCUGGAGGCUCCAGUGUUGGAAGUCCUGUGUUUUUUGAGGACCGUCUGAGCGAUCAUGGAAAACUGUCUCCAAACAGAUCUGACGAGUUGGGCUGCGAAUAUCACCACUCUCCUGCCCCUGACACUCUUGUGGCACAGGUUUCAACAGGGAACACCUCCACAGCAUCUGGAAACGGGGACUCAUUGGAAGGUAUGAAGAGCCUCCCACACAAAUUACGCUUCAAGUGUCCAGGCAGCUGCGAUAAUGAGAACUCCAAUGAAAGACGCAGUCCUGUGCAGCACACAGGAGGACGGGAAAACCCCAGAAAUAAUUUAUCAUUUGGCAUGGGUGAUGGGGCUCGGCUCUGGUCACAGAAUGAAGGAGACGAAUCUCGAAAAAUACUCCCUCAUCAUCACGGUGGCCCGAUGGGCAGUUGCAGCAGUGGUCAGCCACAUGGGAACCACAGCGAGGCAUUUUUCCAUGCUGAGAACAGCAUGCUCAAAUCUCAGCUUAGCUACCUUGGGGAGGAAGUGGCACAGCUCAAGAAACUCUUCUCUGAGCAGCUCUCCAAAAUGAACUAAAGAUCUCAGCUCUCUACAACAGACUGAAUACAGGGAGCUUGGUCUUUCUGAGCCAGACCCAGCCAUAAACAAUAAAUCACAUGGUUUUUUAUUCAGAAUAGUGUUGAAACUGAAUAUUAGGGCACUGCCAUGACUCUAGUAGUAGCCAGUAUACUCCUAGACUAUCCAGUUUCUUUAACUAGUUUCAUGACAGGACGAGAGAAUAAAAGUAGGCAGGGGUUGUGUGAGAUCAAGAUACAGCACUGUAUGUGCUACAACCCCUCAAACCAGGGAGAUAACAUUUCUUUCUCUACCAGCAGGCUCUUACCUAUGUCACUUCAGUCACUCUACACAAACCAACAUUACUGCUAGACUCCAGUGGGUCACCAAACCAAAGUGUAUCAUUCAUAUUGAACACAACAUUCCCAUAUUCAGUGUCAACUCGGCUGUUAUAUGUCAGAUUUGUGGAUUUGAAAAAUGCAUAGGAUAUUAAUUUGGUGCUGAUUGUGUUUACAGGUAAAUAUUCUGAUAUAGUUUGUCUUAUAGUUUUACUCCAUUACACAUCUGUCAUGCAGAUUUGAAAAGGGAAGAUAUAAAUGGAAAUACUAAAGGCCGCUCCAAGUGUUCACAGAAUGGAGAAAAAAAUUAUUAAAGACAAAAAAAAUAGGUCUGGAGUAUUUUCGUCAUUGACAUUAUUUAAGAUAGAAUUUAAUUUUAAAAAAUUAAUGUUACCAUUAUUUAAGGUAAAAUUCUAUUGGAUAAUAAUAAUAAUAAUAAUAAUAAUAAUAAUAAUAAUAAUAAUAAUAAUAAAUAAUAAUACAUUUAUAUAGCACAUUUCUUAAACUCAAUGUCACUUCAUAGAGCAUCAGUAAAAAUACAAUAAAUUAAUACUUUAUGAUGUAUCAUGAUUCAUCAUGAUGAAUUGUUGAAAUGCAUAACAUCACAGUAUCAAAGCCCAACACAUCACACAAAUGCCUUUUCCUGUCUUUUCCCACUUUAUACUGCUCGUUACUGCCAUCUGAGAUCAGAACUGUGUGUCACUAGUAACUAAGACACUGUAAUGUGUAUAAUGGUGUUUUUAAAAAACAAAAAAAACAAA